CCCGGGGCGGGCUCAGGUGCCCGCAGAGCCGGCGAGCGCGGCGGCGGUGGCGCGCGCGCGGCCGGUGUCCGGUGUCGGGUGUACGGUGUCUGGAGCCGCCGGCUGGGUUUGGUGAGUGGCAUUUUGAACGGGAUAUUUGGUGCCAGGUCUCAGGAGCCAGUUUGCUGAGUGUGUGAGCCGGUCAGCUGGGUGUGUGAGCCUUCGGGAAGGUCAGCGGGCACACCCCAGAGCCAGCCAAGGCACACUUGGAGGCCAUUUUCAGGAACUUUUGCCACAGUUGUAAAAGACUCCAAAGAUGCUGAAACAGAUACUAUCCGAGAUGUACAUAGAUCCUGAUCUUCUGGCAGAGCUCAGUGAAGAACAGAAACAGAUCCUGUUCUUCAAGAUGAGAGAGGAACAGAUCCGGCGAUGGAAAGAAAGAGAAGCAGCCAUGGAAAGAAAGGAGUCCUUGCCAGUGAAAUCCAGACCAAAGAAAGAGAAUGGCAAAUCUGUCCAUUGGAAACUAGGAGCUGAUAAGGAAGUCUGGGUCUGGGUGAUGGGUGAACACCAUCUCGAUAAACCCUACGACGUGCUCUGUGAUGAAAUCAUUGCUGAGCGCGCACGGCUGAAAGCAGAGCAGGAGGCGGAAGAGCUCAGAAAAACCCAGUCCAAAGAAUUCACCAAUAGCUUAAAAACAAAAUCACAGUGCCUGGAUCUGCAAGCAAAUGACCAGGAGACUCAGAACAAGAAAGCGGCAGAGAAAGAGAGACUGGGUUCCAUUCCAGCGCCAACCAUGGAAGGAGAGAAAACCCAGUUACCCUCCAGUUCUUCAAGAAAUAUUCAACAAAUGUUGGCUGAUUCUAUCAAUCGUUUGAAGGCAUAUGGACUUCCCCAGAAGAAAGAAUCCACAAAGAAGAAACAAGAUGAAGAAAUUAAUCAAAUCGAUGAAGAGAGAACCAAACAGAUUUGUAAGAGCUGGAAGGAAGAUUCAGAGUGGCAGGCGUCUUUGAGAAAAUCCAAAGCAGCUGAUGAGAAGAGACGCUCCUUGGCUAAACAAGCGCGGGAGGACUACAAGAGGCUGUCCUUGGGGGCUCAAAGGGGCCGAGGCGGUGUGGGGCUGCAAAGCCCCUCGAGUGUUCUGCAGAAACCAAAAAGACCUCCCCUUCCACCCAAGCCUCAGUUCCUAAACCCAGCAGGAGACCCUCCAAAACCUCCCAGAAAUCAGGGAGUGACGAGGACUACGUCCACUUCCGCCCAGGAGGACACCAUCCGCUGGUUUAAAGAGGAGCAGCUGCCAUUAAGAGCUGGCUACCAGAAAACCUCAGACACCAUAGCUCCCUGGUUCCAUGGUAUUCUCACACUCACGAAAGCCAACGAGCUGCUGCUGAGCACAGGCAGGCCGGGCAGUUUCCUGAUCCGAGUGAGCGAGAAGAUCAAAGGCUAUGCCCUGUCCCAUCUGUCCGAGGAGGGCUGUAAACAUUUCCUCAUCGACGCCUCUGCAGACUCCUACAGCUUCCUGGGCGUGGACCAGCUGCAGCACGCGACCCUGGCGGACUUGGUGGAAUAUCACAAGGAGGAGCCGAUCACUUCCCUGGGGAGGGAGCUCCUCCUCUACCCAUGUGGACAGCAAGAGCAGCCACCUGACUACCUGGAGCUCUUUGACUGACAACCGCCAUCUGAGCCAGCCUCUACAUUCAGCUGGACUUUCCCCUGGACCAACACCACUGAAACAGACAUGUGUGGGUGAAGUCAACGUCUCCCUGCAGCAGAGCCAAGGCUGAUCCGCUGACAGUGUCCACGCAGGGUCCUCGUGACACCUGUCUUCUGCAUAAAUGCUGGAGUUGAACGUCAAGAGAAGACAACCUCUGCUCAUAUGCUCUCCAGAAGUAAAGAGAAGAGUCCCCUUUUCAGCUAACGUGAAGGAUGUGACUUUGUGACAUACAGAAGAGAAACUGAACAAAGGAGACAUCAAAACCUUUUAGCAAUUAAGGUGUACUUCAGAAACCAGGAUCUGUGGGAGCUAUCGUGUCACCCCUAUACUGCAUCUUCCUGUCAUCUCAACAGGUCUCAGGGUCCUGUUUAUGUGAAGCCCCACGCUGGCCUUGCAAUGCCAGUGCCAUACCUUCCCUGGGUGAGAUGAUCACAACACACCUCAACUCGUUGUGUGUGUUGGAACCAGGAAUCUGAGAGACAGGAAAACAGAAGCCAUGAACGUACAUUGAAGGAGAGGUUUUACAAUGGAGGGGGAGAGGCUUCACAUGUACAGGGACUGUGGGAAAGCCUUCUGCAGAGUGGGAAUCACGCUUGCCCUACGUGGGCUCUGAGAGUGUGCCAGGAGGCACGCAGAUCAGAGGAUAAGUGAGCUGUCUGGAUGCUGUUUCUUGUAGGUUGAAUUGCAUCCUCCAAAAAAGACGUAGUGAAGUCUGAACCUCCACACCCACAAAUGUGGCCUUAUUUGGAAAUGGGGUCUUUGCAGCGUGACGAUGAGGUCACACUGGAUUAGGAUGGGCCCUAAAUACAAUGACUAGAAUCCUUAACAGGAGAGAGAUUUGACAAUAGAGAAAGACGCGCACAGAGGGAAGGCAGCCACUGGCCGAUGGAG